CCUUUUUUUCAACCUCGGAAGACAUUUAGCGGGUACCCUUAAAACUGCCUCUGCAUUUCAAGGAAAGUAGCAGCCAAGAUGGCGACUACUAAAGUCCCCGAGGUUCGUGAUAUCACCAGGAUUGAGAGAAUUGGGGCCCAUUCACAUAUCCGUGGUCUUGGAUUAGAUGAUGUCUUGGAACCCCGGCAGGUUUCACAGGGAAUGGUUGGUCAGCUGGCAUCUAGAAGGGCAGCUGGGCUCAUUCUGGAAAUGAUCAAAGAUGGCCACAUCGCAGGUCGUGCUGUUCUCAUUGCUGGGCAACCUGGCACAGGAAAGACAGCCAUCGCCAUGGGCAUUGCCCAGUCUCUUGGCCAAGAUACACCCUUCACUGCUCUGGCCGGGAGUGAGAUCUUUUCCCUUGAGAUGAGCAAGACAGAAGCUCUAACCCAGGCCUUUCGCAAAGCCAUCGGAGUCCGGAUUAAGGAGGAGACUGAAAUCAUUGAGGGAGAGGUGGUAGAGAUCCAGAUCGACAGACCAGCCACAGGGACUGGAGCCAAAGCUGGCAAACUGACCCUGAAGACUACAGAGAUGGAAACGAUCUAUGACCUGGGCACCAAAAUGAUUGAAAGUCUGACCAAGGAACGUGUAUCGGCUGGAGAUGUUAUCACCAUAGAUAAAGCCACUGGGAAGAUCAGUAAAUUGGGACGCUCUUUCACAAGAGCUCGAGAUUACGAUGCCAUGGGUGCUCAGACGCAGUUUGUUCAGUGUCCAGAGGGGGAGCUGCAGAAGCGGAAGGAGGUUGUCCAUACUGUGUCCCUGCACGAGAUUGACGUCAUUAACAGCCGCACACAAGGCUUUCUGGCUCUCUUUUCUGGUGACACUGGAGAGAUCAAGUCAGAGGUCAGAGAGCAAAUUAAUGCUAAAGUGUCUGAAUGGAGGGAGGAGGGCAAAGCUGAAAUCAUUCCUGGGGUGCUCUUCAUUGAUGAAGUCCACAUGCUUGACAUGGAGUGCUUCUCCUUCCUGAACCGUGCCCUUGAAAACGACCUCUCCCCUGUGCUCAUCGUGGCCACCAACAGAGGCAUCACCCGCAUCCGUGGAACCAACUACCAGAGCCCACACGGAAUCCCCAUUGAUCUGCUGGAUCGAUUACUGAUCAUUGCCACCUCUCCUUACACUGAGAAAGAGACAAGGCAAAUCCUUAAAAUCAGGUGUGAGGAGGAGGAUGUGGAGCUCAGUGACGAGGCACACACUGUUCUGACGCGCAUCGGAAUGGAAACCUCCCUUCGUUACGCCAUCCAACUCAUCAGCACUGCUGGCCUUGUGUGUCGCAAGCGUAAGGGCACAGAGGUCCAGGUGGAAGACAUCAAACGGGUGUACUCGCUCUUCCUGGACGAAGCACGUUCCUCACAGUAUAUGAAGGAAUACCAGGACUCCUUCCUUUUUAAUGAAGCACAGCCUGGUAAGAUGGAUACCUCGUAAAGGUGCACAUACAAGAGGCCUUAUUUUUUUUGUACCGUGUUCCCGAAUGUGACCUUGCUUCACAAUGGACUUAAAAAUCACCAUGCAAACCUCUCUGUUCCAGCCCUAUGAGUACUUACCUCUGAAGGCUACUGAACACCUGUGAACAGCUACUGCAGUAAAUAUUCAUCCAGGUUGGAUGUGGAAUCAGACCGCCUCUCUUUCUGAAUAGCUUUGAUUGGUAUGAGUGAAGGCGUCGUUGUUAUGUGGUGGUUAUACAACAUAUGUGGAUACAUUUAAAAAUUAAACUGUUCAAAGAAUAAAAUGUCUGCUCUGAGCAGAAGAACUUUUCUAACCAGCUAA